AUGAUUCCAUCGAAAUGGUUAUUUGUUCCAAAGCUACCACUCAAUGCCAAUGGUAAAAUCGAUCGAAAUGCAUUAGGAACAAUUGCAACACAGGCCGUAGAUUUGGUUAAUGAGCAUCAAACGACGAAGGUUUUGUCAUCACUUGAAAGAAAACUACAAGACAUUUUUUUUCGAGCAUUUCAUUUGAAGUCGAUACCCGAUGUAGAAACCACAUUUGGUCAAUUAGGUGGUACAUCAUUGGGCGCAAUGCGUGCGCUUAAUAUUAUUCGUCAAGAAGUGUUUGAAAGAAUGGAUAUUGCUCUUCUAUUUGGGAAUCCAUCUGUGCGAGAACUAGCUGCUGUUUUAGAAUCAAUUCUUUCCAAUGUCGAGCCUGAUCGACAGAAACAAGAAGAGGAUCUUGACUUUUCUAUUCGACUUCGAUCAUCGUGGCUUAUCGAAACAAUUGGCAUUUUUCUACUCACGUGGCAAUGGUUGUGGCCAAUCUUUGUUGCUGCCAGAUUAGAUUUUCUUCUCGUCCAAGUCACAGCAGAUGAUGGUUUUCGAUUUGUGAGCGAAACAGCUCAUCGAUAUGAUAUCAUUUUUAUUGAUGCAUUUGUUGAAGAAGCAAUGCCUACUCAUAUGAAUACUGCGCAAUUUUUUUUAAAUUUAAGUGGUAUUUUAAAUAGUGAUGGUUGUCUGGCAACAAAUGCUAAUCUUCCUACCACGAAUGCCUUUGAUCGACUAACACAAACAUGUUGCUCAACAUUUGAAUCGAAUGUAUUAUUCGCCCAUACAAAUAUCAUAGAAAAUGCACGUGUGAUCAUUUCAGGCACUCUGUCUUGUCUGAAACCAAUUACUUCACAAGUACAUGCCAUUCAUGCAGCCGAAGAACUCGAAUCUGAUGCAAUGUUAGAAUUUAGUCUUUCACGCCUUAUCGCAUUGGCCUAUCGAGGUCUACUCAUUGAUAAGGAUAAGAGAACAUAA